AAUAUCCUCUCAACUCCACACUCUCUGGUCGGCUUCCUUUUCUGAUAUUCAACACUACACCCCCAUCUCUUGCCUGCCAUUGAAGACGCUCAAUCUCGAUCGGUCUCUAGCCCUCCCUUCUGACACUCCGCCACCAAUCUCGUCUAACGCUUCUCAAUCUUACACGGCGGAGGUCGUUGCACUACCCCGCUGUAGUUUCCACGCGCAACAUUGGGCGUGUGAAAGCAAGUAGUGAUACCUCACUCCUGAUUCCACUUCCAAACCCUUCCUCAGGUCUACGAUCCAGCGAAUCUCUGAACAACAUCACUGUUACCCUUUUGUGCAUUCGGAAAUCGGCACACCUCAGCACCAUAUCAUGGUAAUCUACAUUCCGACCGAGAAUCCGCAGAUAGUAGGCAGUGUGUUGGCAGGGACUGCAGUGGACAACCACGCUCAAGCCUACCGUGAUCAUGGACCACCGCCUCCCAAUUAUCGCGUUGAGCGUUUCAGAAGGAGCUGGCAGGAUCCGACUACAAAGAAGACUGUCAAUCAACAGACACAGAAAUAUACGAAUAUGUCAGUACCCGGCGCCAACUUCUCUUUCAACCAUCCCUUGUCUCCAGCUGGUCUUCAGGUGAACCCCAAUCCAAUCAUCGAGAACGAGUUUGACGACGUCCGGCAAACAUGCCGCGGGUUCUUCCAACCACCGCUUGUGUACAAGUCAAACCAGUGGAAGUGGAACUACUUCAGCAGCUGGCAGGGCGCGUUGACUGAUGCACUCCGCUACUACAAGGUAAGCAACAACAACAAGCUUAUUCAAGAAGCAGACAUCAGACAACUUCACACUCUUCUCAAAAAGAACCCAAAGAAACACGGGCCAGCCCAACACCACACGCUUUAUCAUCCCGCCGAUCGAGACACCAUGGUCUUCGAUGGCGAGACUGAUUGUGCUCUCACACUACGCGAGAUAAACAUGAAAUUCAGCUUGGUGAUAGUGAGUCCGGUAGUGAGCAAAGAAGGCAUCGAUUGGAAUCGCUCGUGGGAUACUCACAAUCGACCUCCAAUUUUGGCAAGGUGGUCUACUGGACCGCAGGCACAAUACCAGCCUCUCAUCCUGGGAUGCUUGCCCAUGGUGACCAGCAUGGCAACCAAGACCAAGCGAGACGUGUUAUGGUUCUCAUUGACUCCAAUUGCUGUCAACCGAAAGCAUCCGUGGUUUGUCGAAUUCAGCGGAAAGAUGGACGUUGUGUCAAUCGGCCAGCGUGUUGGUUUUCCGAUGACCAGGUUCAAGGCUUUAGGCGAAUCCGUUUUCCUUUGGGCGGUGGUUGCUCUGCAUCGUAGGAUUGUUCUGGGCUUCACCAUCCCCGAAGAUCAUCUAGGCUGCUGGCUUGGGCAGUAUGGCGUGCAUCUAGCUGAAUGUGCUGAGUGGACUAACCCUCAUCCGUCUCCGUUCGAGUAUGAUCGUUCGAAGUUCGACGAGUACCGUCGCAACAACUACAUCCGCGUCACCUUCCACAUGCUCACUGCAUGGAUCCUCAAUCCUAGCAGCUUCGGCAACGGCACCUGGAUUGGAGUUUACGCGAGGAAGUGGGAUGAAGCUAUCGACACCCAGAUCCAGUAUCAACUCGACAAGACUGACGCUAAGUGGAGUGUUUUUGGUGCAAAGAUGGAGGCCGCUCGCAAGCUUCCAUUCGCAUGA